AUGAGGUCCGACUUCUUGCUCUGCGCCAUGGUCGGCAUGGUCAGCGCAUCUACAAUCACCCCGCGCGGAGACAAUGGAUAUGAGACGAAGAACGGACACGAAUCUAAGCCAGCGGAGUACAAGGCUGCUCCAGCUCUGCCCAUGGACGCUUAUGAGACAGACAAGUACUCUGAGGCAGCUAAGCAGAAGGGUUACUCAGCCGAGCCCUACUCGCAAGGAUCUGGACAUGCAUGGCGCCCAAAGACGAGCCAUCCCGAGUUCUUCAGCGUCCGUGUUGAUGAGCAGUGCGACGACGGAGAAGACCCCGCCACUGAGUGUCAGUUCGACAACUACGCUAUCCGCCUGGAACAGGGCAUUGUCAUUGCCACUCCUUACAACAAGUGGUGGGACCCUAAGCUUCCCAUCUUCUUCGUCAGCAAGAAGCCUCUUCAACUCUUUGUUGACACCGUAACUGGUGCGCUUCGCUACGCUCCCGUUGGAUUCCUCCCACCAAACUCGAUCGCGUUCAGCUUCUACAAGACUGGUAACAACCCUCUGGGUAAUGUCGACCCCAGCCCUGCUCACUUGAGCUGGCCAUCCACCCAGGGUAACACUUUGUUCGGAGACGGCCCAUGGAACUUGUGUGCUCUUGGCAACACCGGACAGUACCAAGUAUUCGUCAGCAACGAGAACUACGAGGAAGACAUUCCCUCAGGUGUAUUCAAGGACCCUACCGAGUGCCAGAGGAGGUCCCUUGCUGCCAUCAACGCCAGCCCUUGGAGAACCGGCGCCAGCGCCCCAUACUAG